AUGUCUGAGCAUGAGUUGGAUACGAUAGUUGAUAUGAAAGUGGCGCCAGCUGAAAUCUGGAUUUUUGAAUUUUCCGCGUUUUCAAAAUUCAGAAAAAUGAAAUUUCAAAUAAUUUUGAAUUAUAAAAAAAAUUUCAGCCAAAAAAUUUUUUUCCAGCUUUCCGGUGGAGGACUCGGCAAACCGGAUCCACGUCGAGAAGGCGAUGAGAUGGCGUUUUUUGAGUCAAUGAUGUCAGCAGCGCCAGCACCAUCAGCUGAAGUUUUCCACCUAAAACUUCCAGGAGACGAAGAAAUCUGGGGAAUGAGUCUAUUCGAUAAUAUCGAAGACGAAAAACGAUAUGCGAAAGAAGUGGAGGCGAGUCAACAGGUUACUGUAAUUGACGCACGGGAGAAGAAGAAGUCGUUGAAAGCGGCAAUGGAGGAUAUGCAAAUCGAUGCUAAACGUCCACCAACAAGUGCUGGAGAGAAGAAAAAGAAGAACAAGGGCGCGAAUAUGUUGGACCUGCUGGAUGAGGCCGUUGCUAGGCCAGCAACUGCCAAGAAAGGAACUAAGGCCAAGCGAAGCGAAUCAAUUGGCGCCAAAACGACCACUGCCCCGAAGUCAGAUGACCCUGCAAAGCCACGCACUCGUAGUGGAUCCCGCCCAACUACUACCAACCGCCCGGCCACCAAGUCCGAGGGCCGUGCAGAAGCUAGGCCACCAACCAAAUCGGAUUCUAGGCCAGGAACCAAAAAUGGAGGGGCCUCUCGUCCGGCUACAAAGUCGGCUACACGCCCAACCACUGCUUCACGACCAGCUUCGAAAUCAACAGAACGUGCUGGAAGUGCCGCUCCAAAAAGAGCCGGAUCUGCUAAGAAGAAAUCAGUGGUCCCGGAGCAGGCAUCCUAA